AUGUUAAUAAAAGAUAAUUACGAUGAGAAUUUACGUUACGUGAUAGAACCUAAUCAUAAUAUAUUAUUAUCGUUAGGAAUUCGUAUAACAUAUUUGCAAUCGGAUACUAAUGAAUCACGUUUGCGUAAAAGUUUAAGAUUAAUAUUGAUAUUGUUAAAUUUCGUUGUAAUACUUUACGUCGUGGUACCUGGUAUUUUGCACAUUUGUUUGAUUGAAACUAGCACUUAUGCAAAAUUUCGCAUAAUCGUACCUAUCAUGUAUUCAACGAUGAGUUUAGCCAAAUACGUGGUAUUAUUUUUCUGCAUAAACGAAAUUAAUUCGUGUUUGAAACACGUCAAGGAGGAUUGGAAAAAUACGAUAGAAAAUGGUACUCGCGAAAUCAUGAGAAAAAAGGCAAUAGUUGGUAGAAGAAUUUUUAUUAUCUGCGGUGCACUGAUGUACGGAAGUGGCAUACUUUUUCGUGGCAUUAUACCUUUAACUAGAGGAAAAAUAAUAAUUAAUGAAAAUCUCACGAUUAGACCGUUACCUUGUCCCUGUUAUUUCAUUUUUUUCGAUCCCCAAAUUAGUCCAGUUUAUGAGAUAGUUUAUUUUCUGCAAUGUUUGUCCGGUAUCGUAACGUAUUCCAUCACAACUGCUGUUUGUGGGCUAGCAGCACUUUUCGUUCUUCAUAUUUGUGGACAACUUGAGAUCCUGACCAUGUUGAUGAAGAGGAUGGUGGCAAAAACUGAUCUACCGGGUGUUAACAUCGAUGCGAAGAUUGCUACAACCGUUGAACAUCAAAUCAGAAUUCGAAAUUUUUUAGGUGUGGUGGAACAUAUGCUACAACAAUUAUGCUUGAUCGAAUUAACAGGAUGUACACUGAUCUUAUGUUUUUUGUCCUAUAACAUUAUGACGGAAUGGGCUAGUCAUAAUCUUGUAAUAGUUUGCAUGUACAGUAUUGCAUUAUCAUCUAUCAUAUGCAAUAUAUUUAUGUUUUGUUAUAUCGGCGAACAACUGACCUUUCAGGCGGAAAAUGUAGCGGAAACCUGUCGCACGUUGGAUUGGUAUAAUUUACCCAAAAAUAAAUCGGCAGGUGUUAUUUUAAUGACAGCAAUAUCGAAUCGUCCAAUGAGGAUCACAGCUGGUAACAUAGUCGGACUUUCCCUGCAAACUUUUGGUAACGUGAGUAACUCUUUGUCGUUAUCAAAACUGCUGCAACAUAUUGCAACAUGUUACGUGCCGUUACAUCGUAAAUUUUGGGUGCACUCGACCGAUCGUAGGAAAGAAGAAGAAGAAAAAAAACCAUAUUGA